UUAUUUCAACCCCCACCGCACAGCAGCAACAAAUUUUUUUCCUUCUUUUUCGGUUCAUUUUCCUCCGUUUUGCAGUAAAUAUUUAUUUACUCCUCACAUCUGAAACCGAACUUCCUGUUUUCUCAUUCAUUCAGCAAUGUCUUUGGCUUCUGUUCUUUCUUCCUCUUGGAGUUCGAUCCUCGCUCGAAGAUCUCUCACUGCCCUAAGCUGCAAUGGUGUGUUCCAGGCCGUCCCCCACCCUGGGCCCUGUCUCACAAAUUACCAACAGAACCGAUUUAAACAGAAGAAAAUUAGGUUCAAAGCACUGAAGCCAGCGAAAGAGAAGAAAAAACAUGAACCUAAAUCACCUUUACAAACCAAGAAAGUUGUGAAACGUAAGAUCAAUCCGGAAUUCGAGGCAAGAUACCCGACCGACAACAUAUGGCUCCACAAGCAUUACCCAGUCCAAAAGUUGGCCCUUGAAGUGGCCAUCAUGAAACACAAGGCUUAUGCUGAUCCUAUGAUGCUUAACAACCUCGAUGGAUUGCUUUAUGCAGACAUGGAAUUAAAUAUGGAAACCAAGAAGAAGACCAAAUUCCUGAGUACCGUCAAGGGUACCGUCGUCUUCCCGCACCUGUUUGACGACAACACCAAGACACGCUGCAUUCUCUUCACAAAGGACAUAGCAACUGUAACAGAGGGACUGUCUGCAGGAGCAACACACGCAGGAGGUCAAGAACUCUUAGAUAUGAUAAAGUCUGAAGCCCUCUCUCGAAGUAUGUACGAUUAUGUAGUCUGUACCCCUGACAUCUAUUCGGAUCUUCUCUCCUAUCGUCACAUUUUUAAAGACAAAUUUCCUCACCAAAAGCAAGGUACAGUUGGCACAGAUGUGAAGACCAUCAUCACCAGCCUUAUGAACGGUAUUCAGUAUGAGUGCAAAAAGACCUCCGAGGAGGCUGCCAUAAUGCAGGUAGCAUUUGGAAAGCUCAAUAUGGAAACUGAAGAUUUGGUGAAAAAUUUCCUUAAAUUGGUUGAUAAACUCUGUGUGAACCGUUCUCCCAACCUGAAACCUUUCAUUACCAAUGUGAAAAUCAUUGCUCCACCAUCUGAGGAAGUGUUUCACGUUCAGGUGCAGAAGUACGUACCUGGAUAUGGUGUACCCGAGAAAAAGGCGGAGGAGACAUCAACGACAAUGAAAACAAAGGGAAUGGAAGAUGAAGAAGAGGAAGGGAGGAAGGACGAGAAGGAUGAGGAUAGCGAUGAUGACAACGAUGACAGCAAAGAUAGGUCAACAGUGAACUGAGUUGGACAGUCAUUGGGUAUAAACUGACCCUUGGUAUUUGGUCAUUCAGGACUGUCGUUGAUGGACAGAACUGACAUACAUUGUCAGUGGUGGUGGCCAGUUCUGUUUGAAUGACUUGUGAAAAGUUUUGUAUUUUGAUGGAAGGUGAGGUGUUGAAAAAUGUUAAAUAAAUUUUGUUACUAGACGGAAACUGUAAGGAAUCCUAUGGAAUUCAAAGAUUCUGUCUUUAAUUCA